GCAUUUGUUGUUUCUCGGAGCGAUGCAUUGAGUGCGGGGCGACAAGACGCGUUGCAUACCGACAGAGAUCGAGGAGAGUAGGCUAAUUACGGGACGAAUUGUCUACUACAGAACGCACAUAUUGUAUCCAUUAGUUUGCUAUGUUCUGUCGAAUAUUUGGCAGAAAACAGUUUAGUAUUUAUCUUCGUGUUCAGGUGCGCAUUUGAGCACAUUUUCUCUCCAAACCAUUGAAAACAACAUUAAUUCAGUGUCUGGAAUAUUUGCGAUUAUUUUGCACCAGGAUUUUGUGUCAUUUGGUAUUCCCUCUACGUCUACGAAAACAUCAACAACCCCUUCUUUGGUUAAGGGGUGGGGGGGUCAUCAACGAGAAAAGUCAAGGGAAUAGACUCAUGUUUUUGUUCAGUCACAUGUAAAAGCAGUCGGUUAUUGCUGUUGGACAUACAUAAAAACACACCAGGUAGAUCUUUUCACAUUUUUCCUGCAAAGGCUCCAUAGAAGGGGACUACAACGGUGUUCUACUACGAAAACAACAUCGAAAAAUCUAUCGAAACAUCAAAACAUGAGCUGCCCAGUCUUACGAAACGUGUUCGCUGGUUUGCUCCUCGCACUGCUGUCGAACGGACCAAGUGUGCACGGAGCCGAAUUCGGCCACCUGCCCGACAACAUUACAGUGCUGGAAGGAGAGAGCAUCAUUCUGAGGUGUAAAAUCGACGAGGAGGUGACCCACAAGGCGUGGUUGAACCGCUCAAACAUCCUGUUUGCGGGGACAGACAAGUGGUCGCUGGACAGUCGGGUGUCGCUGGUCAACAGUAACACUAGUGACUUCUCCAUCCAGAUAGAGAGAGUGGAGGUAGCUGACGAGGGGCUGUAUACCUGCAGCUUCCAGGCCAGCAACAAGCCCCGCAUAGCCCACGUCUUCCUCAUCGUCCAAGUGCCAGCCAGAAUCGUCAACAUCUCCCAAGACGUGUCAGUGAACGAGGGGGGAAAUGUAUACCUCUUCUGUCUGGCGGUGGGACGACCUGAACCCACUGUCACCUGGAAGGAGAACAAAUAUGGUCUAAUGAGUGAGGGGGAGUUCCUGGACAUAACAGAGAUCAAGCGGCAUCAGGCGGAAGAAUUUGAGUGCAUCACUAACAACGGAGUGACGCAGCCCGACAUACGCAAGGUCAAGGUCACCGUCAACUACCCUCCCAUGAUCACAGACGUGAAGAACAUGCCAGCCCAGCUGGGCAAGACGGCCGUUUUGCGCUGUGAGGCCAUGGCAGUACCCACGGCCUCCUUUGAGUGGUACAGAGACGACCGCAGGCCGGUAGAGAGCGAUAACACUCUGAGGAUCAAGAACGAGAAGACGCGUUCACUGCUUCUCUUUACCAACGUGACGGACAAACACUUUGGCAACUACACUUGUUUUGCCUCCAACAGGCUGGGAGCUUCCAACGCCAGCAUGCUGCUCUUCCGGCCGGGAGCCGUGUAUGGGCGAGGCGUGGCCGUCAACGUGGGGGUGAGUGCGGGUGUUGGCUUUUGGCUUUGCCUCUCUGUCUCUCUCCUAAUGAAGGUCUAAGAGCUUUUCCCGGAAGUCCCAUCCUGCCUGCGGAAGGAAGAAGGAAUUUAUUUAAUUACGAACCCAUCACUGUGAAACAAAAAUAAUAUGCAUUAUUCCAGGAGCCAUUGACGCAUCGCAUCUCACACCCACACCAACUCCCCCCUCGCUACCUAUAUUGCCACCAUCACCAUACCACUCUCUCUCUUCAUCCUGUUUCCAAUGAGGGUCACCAUGGUGAUGUCUAUAAUGUGUUUAUUAAGAAUGAUAAUUGUGAUGAUGAUGAUGAAAACAGAUAUUUAACACCAGGAUAAUACUAUUACAAAUCUAAAUCAUGACUAAUCUACGAUAAUGUUCAUGAACAUUUGGAAACUAGGAGUGACAACGCUACUAUUUAUGGUUGGAACUACUCUAUAAUGAAAAUUAUUCAUUAAUCUGAUGAGGGUCACGUGACCUUGUUGAAAGCUGUCCAUUGGCCCGUUGGUCCUGUGACAUUUGACCUUAUGAUCAUACGAGUACCGUUUUAUUCCGUUUUUAACCAUGUGGCAGUGUAUAUGACGCGGCUGCUGUGAAUGAUGUCAAAACACACAUGAAGGGUGGGCAGUGGGGGUUCUAUAAAGCCUUUGCCCUUCUAGUGCAUCCCUUUGGGAUCUCAACCAAGAAGAAGCAUGUGAGAAGACCCACUUCACCCCCCCUCCAUCCACCCCCCACCCCUCUUUAAAAAGCCCUCAUCCUCUGCCCACCCCAUCCCCCCAUCGUUAAGGUGGUUUGUGCGCCGUCCCGUGUGUAAAUAUAAUGCAGUACAGAGGCCAUGCCGUUACUAGAGGCAGUCUAUCCACAUCCAACCCUCCUUGGUUGGUGGCUAAUGUAGUGGCUAAUAAAAUCUAAAAUAUCCAUCAAAAACUACAUUACCCAUCAGCCUCUAUUACAGUUUUCAUAACCAGGAAGGGACUGUAGAAAUAACAAUCGUAUCUCCUGCUUUGAAGGCGUUGACCAGUCAUCUUCGUUCCUUGUCGCUUGUUGAUAGCAUGUACCGAUUAGAGAUGUUCCUGUCGUGAAGCCUCCCUCCCACUCCCACUCCUCCCCUGUCCGUUUUACUCUGCAAGGUUAAACUGCUAUAACUUUUUUGGUGUUGAUAAUAAUACUGAUGAUGUUAAUAAGUAUUUAAAUAAAUAUGAAAAGUAAUUCCAUGUGAGAAAAAAAAGAACACAUACUACUCCAGAGCUGACGAGCCGUGUGUGCUAAAAAUAUUUUGUACUUAAUCCCUCGGAGAAAUCACACUCAUUGAACUGAACAACAACGACAAAAGACGAAGUCGUAAGGUUUUCAAGUUGUGCUCUUUUUUGCCAUGACAAGGAUUUUAAAAACACAUCGAAGUUGAUCCCGAGGGAGUCUUUUCAUCCGAAAGAGUCCGCAGUCAAUGAAGUGUAAUAUUGUUUGUAUACGUGUAUGUAUUUAAACCUUUGUUUUCAUGCUGUUAACUGUAUAAAGCAUAUUACACAUAUUCAACCAGCUUUCAUAGCGUGUCACUCUCCAGACAGACCAGCUCAAUAGAUAAAUUAUUUAAAGCGAUGUAUGUAAAGCAGCGUCCCUGUAAGUCAGUCAGCCCCCGUAUGGCAGGACAGGCGCACCAGGAGAUAAAGAUGUAAUUAGCCACUACCUAUGACUGGAUAAGUGACGGGGCCUACACUCCCCGCCUCCCCCGUGUCCUUCCCGCCAGCCAUGGACAAGCCCCAUAAAUCACGUUCAAUCCUGGCCCCUGACAGGAUCCUCCUCAAGGACACCCUCGUCCCUGUAAAGCAGACGCGGCGCGUCCUCACAAACCCCCACACCUGGGCCCUGAUUGAACCCCCCCCAGGGCUCAAUUAUCCAGCCACGUUACCUGCACAGAUCAACCACCGAGACGUGCACUGUGAGGCUCGAUGACACCCCAACCACCCAACCGCUGUCUCUCUGUCACGUCCUGCUGUGCCUAUGUCUAUAUGCAAACUCCCCCCAUAGUGAACCAACCUGCAUGGAGAGAUGGGCUCACACUAGCAACUCUCUGACUACCCACAAUUCCCGUGACCUUACAGGAAUAUGCAGCAUCUGUAUUCAGUAUUCUGCGAAUAGCUGUCAUCUUUUUUUGUUCGAUUUUAUUUUUAACUUGCAACAUACCUGCUAACUCUGAUAUAGAAGAGGCAUCCAAUCCGGUUAAGCUGUGCUAUGAUAUUUAAGGGUGCCCCUAACAAUCUAUUCAAGAAUGGAACUGUUUUAGUAAUACUAUUUUAUGAAGUGUGCUAAUGUAUGAAGAGAUGUGAAGCCCUAGCAAGAGUGAAUGUCCCCUUUAGCAGGAGGCUAGUCGAUGAAAACCUGUUUGUCUCACUGAAUAUAGUGUGAGAUAUGUUCUGUUGAUGCCCAUUGCUCUAUGCAAUGUAGUCAGUCAUUGGUAUGUCUGAAGGGUAACACACACAGACACACUUGUGUUCAUCUUGUUUUGCUCAGACUCACAGGACAUUGAUGGGUAUCGAUUUUCAAGCACAAGAGCAGGUUGUUUUGGUCAGUGAUUCUGUUUAUCCUCUUUGUCGUUUUCGAUCCCCCUCUCUCACUGACGCUGUCUUUCUGUCUUCUCUCUUUCACAUACUCUGUCCCAUGUUAGCACCCAGCUCAAUUUUAUCAGUGGAAUAAACUUCUGCAUGUACAUACCUCUGUCCUUGAAGAAAAAAAGAAAAGAAAAUAAGGAAAAACAUACAGUCGUGUUUCUCAAUGUGGGUUUGAAAAAAAAGCAUGUAAAUGUUCGUUUUGGGGGGGAUUUUGAAAAACAAAAAGCUGUAUCUUGUGUAAAGGCUUUAGGCUGGGGGAAAGGCUGGGGGAUAUGCUUUUAAAUUCAUGCAAUGGAGGGCGAUAUGUAUGGUGGGCAUUUGUAAUAACCCCAAAUGAGUUUGAGGGUCUCCAUGAGUUCUUCAUCAAUGUGAAAGUUAAUCAGAGGACUGGAAAUGGGAAAAGGAAGGAUGCAGCGAAUACACUUCCUCGAUGGGUGUGAGAGGACCUCCACACUCAGUGGGAAGAAGCCCAGACUGGUACAGACAAAGGUCUGAGGCAGAGGGAGAUGGGAUGACUCUGACCAGACAGUGAACUCUCCAUGGGGGAGAACGAGAAAAGACAAGGCAGACACUUGAUAGGAUAGCAGCUCAGAUAGAAUUCCUAAAAUGGCCACUGCGUUGUUCCUCCUGAAGGAAGACAUACCACAGUGAUGUCUAUGAUUACACCAUGUAACAUGAAUAGCAUUAGCACUGCAAUGAUCACAAACACUGUCUGUGUACAGGCAGCAUUUCAUGACUCUAUCUGCUAGCCUAUCAAUGAGCGUUUACACUUUAUUGAUAUGGUGUGGUGUCAUAUAGCUUGACCUGUAAUUACAGCACAGAGAUAUGCUGUAUGAUUCUAAUGGACGUAAGUGGUGUAAUUACUUGUAGUUCAUUACUCCCAACAAAUGGUGGCGAUGCUAAUUCUACGGGCGCCACUCGAGCAUUGCUAGGCAGCACUUUUUGGCUUAUGUUGAUGUACAUAAUAUAAACUAACUUGCUUUAUUUAUAUAUGAGAUUAUUUAAAUGUUCUGAAGACAAUUAUAACCAUAUUUGGGUGGUGUAUUUUUUUAUUUAUGGAUGACAAGUCUAGUUGUAUAUGAAAAUACAGUGGGAGAGUAGCAGUAGAAGCUAGACAACUAUACACCCAGUCUCCGUUUGAAUGUACUCGUUUUUUUAAGUUGUGUAUCUGUGUUAGAUCCAGAAUCACUAUAAGCACUAUAUUCCAGUCCCGCCACAUUAAACAGUUCCUUUACAGACUUUCAGUUCCAAAUGCAAUGGUUAAUCAAUACAUUGGACUGGAUGGCUUGAAAUAGAGUAAUUUCUCCCCAGGCUCACUUUACCAGGGUCCAAAGACUGAACUGUCAAGUGUCUAUAUUAAGGCCUUAGAAUAGAGAGCAUAAUUUAUCAUGCCUUGAUACAAGACACCCCUAAUUGCGCAUUGAUUUUCUCCCCAUCUCCGAAACAUUUUGGCCAAGCUAUAUUGUCAACUAAGGUAACUAUUUGUUUAGAGAACAUACACUGAAGAAUGAGUCAUUCCUUUUUAUUUUCAUGUCAGUUGAAAGAGUAGCUAGUCAAGGCGCAUUUUGUUCAUUUUGUUCUUUCGGAUAAUGAGAUGUCUAACAAUUGUCUGUAUAAUGGCACCUUAUAGUACAUUAUAUUUUAUUAUUGUACUCAAUUAAAUGAUUGAUACCAAAUGUUAAUUUUGGAAAUGUCAAUACCUAUCGAUACUGUGUAUCUGGAGGCUUAUGUCUGACAAACACAGCCGACUCUUUAAUAGGAGUAGAGUCUAGAACGAUAGGAUGUACAAUAGAACGAGAUGAGAUAAAGAGGAAUAGAACCGUAGCCAUGAUAGUAUUUGGUCAAUAUUCAACUAACAUGAUAAAUUAUCAGAAUUAUGUCAGAUUUUCAGUAUCGGUACUAUGUAUCAGUUAAACAUAAGAAGAUAUGUCUUAUUGAGGGACAGACUCAUUGAUAUAUAAAUGAUUUCCUUAGUACCAGCCAGGUCUCUCCAGCUUUUGUCCUUCACACCAAAGCCCACUAGCUAGAUAACAAUGUGUUAUCCUAAUGAGCUAUUGUUCACCAGCUAAUCUAAAGGCCUGUUCAGUUCUUAUGAGCAGAGUCAACGUUGCGAGUGUAUUUAAGCUCCAGUAGAUUUCCAUUAGCUAUACUAAUGAGUGCAUCGAUACACAACAAGCUGGACUGAGGUUAGCUACAUGAUGAAAAUAGGUCAUUAUUGGAUAAACAUGCUGACUACAUGUUGCCAAGCAGAGGAAGGGAUAUUUGCCUUGACUCACUGAAGGAUACACUUGGAAGUUGAAUGAGGUAGCUAGGUACUAUAGUAAGUUGGUAGUAGUUGAAUUGAUAGAUACACAAGGACAGAAUAUAUAGAAAAAAGAUAGAUACAUUUAUGUAGAGAGGUGGAUAUUUUGCAUUUCUAUUCUGAAUUCUAAUUAGGAUAUAUUAUUAUUCAUGUAAAAUAUUGACUGGAUUUGUUUGUGUGGAUAGUGGGUUAAAGUAAUACUUGCGAGCCACAGAGGCAAGAGCAGCAGUCACUCACUCCCACCUCCAUCCACACAGACAGGUGGGGACUACAGAUGGUUGCUUGUCAAUCACCCUCUCCUCUCUAAGAAUGUAGCUAGUGGCCAAUUAACAGUGUACCAGUGUUGGUCCAUCCACAGCUGGAACAACAAGAGUCUGCACACUACUAGGCAACAAUGGAGGCGCCCACCAGCCAGUCUCCUUAGUCAUUAGAAGCCUGCCUAACAUCCCCAACACUGAGUGCCCUUUUACUUGGCCUUUGUGAGUCACCAGCACAAACCUGCCAUUUGGCCUGUCAAUCAACUGGGUAAAUAUUGGUUGCCAUGGCGAAAACUGACAAUGGAACUAUAUAUUUUUCUUGUCGAAUGACAUCAUCAAGUGAUGUUCUGGCUUGUGUUCAUAGGAUAAAAUGGGAGAGAACCUGUGCGUUGUGAUUAAGUCGCAAACUGUCUGAAACUGUCCUAUUAAUGUGAGAUGUAUAGAUUUUAAUUUAUGACACAAUAUAAGAUUGGGUUGUCAUGACACUGUCGUUUCACCAGAACAAUUUUGAAACUUCUGAAAAACUAUGACAAUCAGGUAAUAACAAUUAACAAAGACAAGUGUGAUUUUUAUCAGUGCGAGAACUAAUAACAAAUAUUAGGUUGUUUUAGCAAUCCAGUGGAUGAGUCUACUCUAGAAUGCUUGGUUAGUGUUUGCGGACAUCUUAUGGAGAUGUCAUGCCCAUCUCUCUCUCUCGUUGCCCCUCUGGCCCACUUCCUCCUCCCUCCUCCAUCUCCUUUCCCUCUCGGUGGAGAAAACCUACCACCUGUGCCCCUCCCCCAUGCCAAUCCCGCUGCCUGCUGCCUUGCCACCUCUCUGUAUGCCAGGUUCCCACCCUGGUAAAUCUGUGUUAUUGAUUUGUGAGUGUGUGUGUGUCCGUGGGUGUGUGUGUGUGUGUGUGUGAAUUAUCUGACCUUCACAUGGCAGGCAUGUUGGUUUCAAUCUACCCCUAGACCUCAACAUUAUUAUUUCUGUCUGUGUUGACUUUUCAAGAUUGCAUUGAUAUAACUUACUGAACAAAACAAAGGAACACAAACAGCAUCGUCUUCCAUCUUGACAUAUUUCUGUGCAGUGAAGCGAUGAUGAUUAUGAUGACUCUUUUGAUUCAUUUGAUCUCUGUUCUGUCUCUGUUUUUGUCAUUUCUAAGUGAGUGGACAAUUUUUUUCCCCAAAUCUAUAGAAGUGGAGUUAAAAAAUAUAUAUAUAUAUCAGAGGGAGAAAAAUCAAUAAAAAUAAUGUUGUUUUUAACAGAACUCUGUGAGAGUGGUUGAUUGUUGUCAUAGUUUGAUGUGAUAUGUUGUUGCGUUCUCAGCCCCUGUGGUUGGAAAGCGAGGUUAGGUGAGCUGCGUUUCCUGAGUAAGGUUCCAGCUACGGAGUCGAACUUUUUACCUUUGCUUGAUGCCACUACAAAGUUGUACAUUGGCUUUUUGAAUAGGAGUAAAUCAUGAGGAUAUUUCAAUACAGAGGAAAACAGUCAGCUGAACAUCCAACAUCUAGUAAUACAUAAUCAAUAGGACCUUAUAGUUCCAUUAGAAUUCUGUAAAUUAUUUACACACUUUCAAAGAGAGUAAAGAUCAUUGAGAGAUGGAUGGAAACUGCAGUUCACUAAUACAUGUCAGAAACAGUUGCCAAAUGUUAUGCAAAUGUUUCUGUUGAGGUGCACAGAGUAGGUCAGUCCCCACUUCUCUUGUUUAUGGGAUGGGGAACAUAUUUAAUCCAGUGAAAGGGCUAUAAGAGGCUGUUUGUUUCCAUUUUUGUCAAGUUGUUGUUCUGCUUCUGGCUGUGAGUGGUACAGGUUUGGGGGUCAGCUUUUGGGUGAGGUCAAAGCUGUGGUAAAACUAAGUGGACACUGGAGUCAACUAAAGUAAACACAAAGUAAACUCAGAAUGUCGUUUUUAUAUGCUUUACCUAAACAUUAGACUGAUGAUGAUGAUGAGUGAAACCACUCAUAUUCUAAAGUAUCCUAUACAUGGAGUAUGACAUACUGCACUAUUCUCUUAUUCAUCAGAACAUGUGUAAGCCAUACAAAAAACGCUCUUCUACAUAUUCUUCUACAAAAUCGUUCAUAAUAAAAAUAAACAAAACGUUUUGAACUUGAAACUAAUUUCAACUUUAAUGAUGGUUUGAAAUGAGAGGGAAUCUCAAAUCUUGACAUUUUAUUCUUCACACAUUAACCACUUUGUUGUUAAGUAAUUAGCUAACUGACGUUCUGUUCAAUGAGCACCUUAUCAUUGUGAAAUAGACUGAUGGUUUUGUUUUGUUUGUUUCUGUAGACUGCAUUUUGCUUACUGUUGCAUUGCGGUUUGUGCAGACACCAAGAGCGAGGCCUAUUUGUCUGCUAAGACAGGCUUGUGUCGUCUGACGUAACAGGCGCUGAGAUUUGUCUUGUUUUGGAGCAUGGCCUAUUAAUGAACAUUGGAGCAUAAUGAAGCAAAAAAACAAGCUGACAUCUCAUUGUCUUUGGAGGGAAGCUUGACAUUCAAAGCCACUGUUCAAACAGUCCUUUCGCCACUGGAGUUUAGAAGGAGGAACAAAAGCAUGAGAAAUAUCCUAGACCUGUGUGUGCUUCUGUUGAUAGCAGGUCCAAUACCAGGUUAGUGUCUUCCAAUCAUACUAGGCUACCAAUAUUCUUACAAAUAAAUAUAUUUUUUCUAUGUUUAUGAUUUUUCAGCAUAUUCAGUGUCAUAAUUAAUAUGUAUUAUACAAUAUCCCUAAGCAUAUUACAGUCCAUAUACAUUUACCUAAUUGCAUAAAUUCUGCCUUUCUGUUUUGGCUUCAAGUCUUGCAAUAUCAAGACUCCUGUUGACAACACUGACGAUCUAAUUACUUUCAGAAGUGUAUAGAGUCAUUAGUUGUUUGUUUGUCAAGAUAAGAGGACUAACUCUCAUUAUUCAGGGAGAAAGUCACUCCAACUCACUCAUUUUGACUUUAAUAAAAUACUGUGAUCAUCUCCAAAUACACCUCAACAUCGUGGGCAAGCUUUGGGGCAAAUGCCUUUGAACUGAAUGUCUUGCUGUUUUUUUUUGUCAAAAUGAAAUAUUCUGUCUUACUUUGAUGAAGACGCAUUCACUGAAUGUGUCCUCACUCAGCCCCGUUAAGGAUGGUAACAGCAGAGGGGUUAAAGGUGAGGCAGUGGCCCCCUUCUCUCACUGUAAUGCGGGGUCAGAGUGCCAACCUGUCCUGCCGUUUCGAGGCCACGUCCUACGGGGUGGACUGGUUCAAGAUAGAGGGGGCCGAAAAGAUCCCCAUCCCAGAUUCAGCUGGGCAGACGUCCCUGGUGAUAACCGAGGUGUCCGUGGAGGAUGCCGGUGUGUAUUACUGCGAGGUCAACGUCCUACACAGAGAUCCAGAGCGAGGGGGCGGCACAAAACUCAUUGUCCUGGGUAAGACAGAAGUAAAUUAGCCUGGUCCCAAAUCUGUUUGUGCUAUCUUGACAACUCAUAUGGCCAUUGCUUGGCAUGAUAAUGACCAUAGGAUUAAGCUUUUUUUUUUAAUAUGGGACCAGGUAAAGAACUAGCUCUAAUAAGAAAUGAAUACAUCCGGCUUUAUUCUUGGAAUGUCUUAUUGAAACGCAUUAGAGUUUCUCAUCAUUUUUCUGUCUUUGUUGGUGUUGUUGUUGUUGUAAUUGUCUCUCAUAUGUAUCCUUUGAGAAUUUGUUUGAACCCUAACGGUUUGCAGGGAGGUUAUUACAUUUAAACCAGUGGGCUAUGCAUCACCAUAAAGAGGCCUAACCAAGCUCAAAUCUCAAAAGAUUCUGGUCUCAUGGAAAUUUCCUUUCAGUUCAUCUUUUUGCCUGAGUGGAUUCGUGACAAAUCCAGAUAUAAUCACCAUGGCACAAUGCAUUGUGGAUUAUAUUGAUCUUUGCAGGGAAUUGAAACUCACCACAGGACAAGGCAAAGAGGGAUCGUGAAAUGAUUAUGUGCAAACCCCUCAUGCGAAAGAGAAGGUUCCUCUCAGCGUUUCUCCAGUGGGGUGCACGUUGCAAAGUCCUGCACCAUUUACAGAACCAUGAGUGUGUUGUUUUGCCACAACUGUAUUACCAGCAUUGUCUGAAUAGAAUAUGCUGAAAUAGUGAAAUAUGACAUACAGUAUAAAAAUGGUUAAAUGUCAACAAUCUGACAUAUUUCUAACGAGCGGCUGGUAGCCUAGUGGUUAAGAGCAUUGGGCCAGUAACCGAAAGGUUGCUGCUUUGAAUCCCUGAGCAGACUAAAAAUCUGACGCUGUGCCCUUGAGCAAAGCACUUAUUCCUAAUUGCUCCUGUAAAUUGCUCUGGAUAAGAGUGUCUGCUAAAUGACUAAAAUGUAAAUGUCAUGAGAUAGAUGGUAUUGCAUCACCCCCUUCCCAUGUCUCCUCCUGCCCCUACUAGCACCCCCCUCUGUGCCCCAACUCCUCCUCCAGGUCCCCUCGGACCUCCAGACGGACCAGUGGGCUCUCCUCUGCGUCACCGGUGGGUUCCACCCACACCACCUCACCCUAACCUGGACACACCAGAGUGGAAAAGAUAGCCCCCACCACUUUGUUGGCAGCAACUGCACCCUUCACCCUGCCUACCCUCACAUCAACCAAUCACACAGCCUAAUUCCAAAGAUCUCAACUCCUAAUUGGAUGGGAGAGUGUUUACAGGUGACAGACAGCUCCAGAAAGGAAGUGUACGUAAUCAGUGUGCUGUCCCUCCCCCCACGGGGGUCUGUGGAUACUGGGAUCUCCUACACCUGUAGUGUGCAAGAUCACCCUGCGCUGGACUCACCCCUGUCUGCCUCUUUCUCCUGGGACGCAGCCCCCAAUGAGGUGAUUGGAUGCUUGAAUAUCCUUAAGAUCUGUGUCCUCUGUGGAGUGACUGUGGUGUUUUCCAUUGCAACACUGACACGUUUGUGUGAAGAAAAAAAAAGACCUCAUGUGUCCUAUGUACUCAAAUAAAGGGAGAAAACCAAGGACAUUUGUGAGAAAGAAAACAAAGGAUCUGAACACACCAAGAGCAUCCGAUUUUCUUUAAAUAAUAGGCUACCCACAACAGCUUCUAUACAUAUCUUUACUGCAUGAUACAUUUCCUGAUCCGAUGGCACACUUUUUAUGACAAAGAGUAUGCUGGGUUUUAACUGAGGGACUUUUUUGGGGACCAGUAGUUUUGUCUAUAAGCACAUGCCACAGCACUGUUUUAAAAACUAGCUCUACUCUCUCUCACUUGUCCUCCGUGAUAUAUAUUCUAUCCAGCUCACACAUUCUGUAACAUCCCCAAAUCAUAAUGCAAAACUGAUACUAUGUGAAACUUUAGGUCUAUGUCUCGUGUUGAACAGAAUCCUUCUUCUGCCAUUUUGCAAUCGUGUCAAGUGCUACUGUGCUGCUGAAUGCUUUUAUUAGUCAUAAUGUACUCUAGUGUCAAAAUAAAUGUCUUGUCGAUGGUAUGUAACAAUCACCUCAACUUCUGUUGGAGCAUAAGCCCUGAAUAACCGGAUUAAAUAAAAUCAAGGCACCUCCUGGUGUGACAGUAUUGAA